AUGAGGCGGUCUGUGAAGAGGUUUCGGCGCGGGACACGCCACGGCCUUCGAUGGAAGCGUCGAGCUCUUCUUCUGACGCUGCUGCUCGUGGCGCUUCUCCUCGUGUUCAACGGAACCUCCGUCGCGCUGCUGCAUCGUUUAUUUUUUACUCGCAAAAGCGCCGAUGACGUGGGGGUGGUUGCCCCCACGCCGCCGAAGUCGUGGGGGGAAGGAGGAGAAGCGCUGCGAGAGCGGAGUUCAGCGAACGUGACGGGCCCUGUUUCCGCACGCAGUCCCCCGGAGGCGCCCCAGGUUGGUUUUCUGAGGCCUCACCGUCGCCACCACUUGGAGGCCGUGUACUCCGCCGAAGGGUGCAAACCGAGGCUUGCUGGGCCGAACGCCGCGGAGGAGACGGAGCACGGGGAUACGCUGAUACGAGUGCAGUUCUUUAGGCCCCACUGCCGACCAGGGGUUCAUGGCGGGAGUGGAGAAAGUGAGAAGCAACGAAGGUGCGACGAUCCUGCAAGCCCCAUUGUCGGUAUCAUGCCGCAUCUCUCGACUGCCUCCUUCUUCCCUGAGGAGGUCCUGACGGACGAGACGGACGCACAACUGGGGCCCAGCAAAUUGCAGAGUAUUGUAGAGGAAGAGAAGGGGGGAGCAGGAGAAACGCGGUGGCGCGCGGCUUCCAUGAGGUCGCACUCACUGCGGUGCCGACCGCGGGGUAACGCGAGUGCGGGCCGGAAACCAAACUGGGUGUGGGAUUCCGGUGCGUUUCUUGUAGACAUCUCACUACGCUUGUCAACUGCGAAGGGUGAGUUAUCAGGUGGUUUGAAUGCAAACUUUUCUUUCAAUCCAGCGUAUCGAAUGCACUUUUUUGGACUCCCAUCGCAUGCAAAAGGAAUGCGGCUAUCAGACGAGGGUGAGUAUCGCCUUUUUAACCAGUUUCAUUUUGACGAGACCAGCACAUUGGGCACAAGUAGGAGCGGCACAGUACCGCUCUUGUACGCAGUCGGGCGCGUACCAUAUCGUGACGGUACAACCGCAACGGUUGGCUGGAGACGACGCGCAAUGGGCAUUCUCUGGCUUAACGGCUCCCCAUUGCAGGUGCGUAUGUCAGCAGCAGCGGCAGGCGGUGACGGAAAAACAACCCUGUCGUUCAAUAGCACAGCAGGUGCUACUCGUGUAUAUCUGCUGCCAGGUCCAAGAGCCGAGGAUGUUCUUGUGCAGUAUUACACCUUGACAGGGUUUCCGAUGAUGCCGCCCCUCUUUGCGUUGGGCUACCACCACACACAUCGGGGGUACAGAACAGCAGACGACCUGCUGAAGGCGAGCGCUGCCUUUUUACAGGCGCAAAUACCAGUCGACACGCUUGGCAUGGGCUUCUACUACGCAAACGGCAAACACAUUUUUACUUGGAACCGUACACGCUUUCCGGACCCGGUGCGAUUACAGGAUGAACUCUGGCGCCAUGGUGGACGCCUCCUUGUUCUCUCCACUGUGCCGUACUUGCCAGUGGACUCGCACUUCUCUCUCUACCUCGAAGGCAGACGACAGGGGUUCUUCGUCACGAGAGAUCCGGAUACAGAAGUUAUACUCGUGGACAAUUCCCAGUCUGGUGCAAGGGUGUGGGUUGACUUUCUUGAUCCACGUGCACGGCGGUGGUACGGUGGUCUAUUUAAGUACAAACGUUUUGUUGGUUCCACAAACCACACGUUUUUCGCCUUGGAGGAAAAUGAACCUUUUGUGCAGGGUGGUGUGCAGAUGACACUUCCCAUGAGGGCUGGUCACCGAGGUGCCGUCCCCCAUGCGUUUGUCCACAACUUGUACGGCUUGCUGCACACCAUGGCUGCUUACGGGGGCCAACUGCGACGGACGCACUUCUACCGCCGGCCGUUUGUCAUUACACAGUCGUACUUUGCGGGCACACAACGUUACGCCGCCGUGCGCCUGGGGUACAGCACGGCUUCCUGGGCUCACCUGCGUUCCAGUCUGGCAGUCUGCUUGGCGCAUAGCAUUAUGGGCAUUCCGUUUGUCGGUGCCGAUGUUGGGGGGUUUUUCUUUCAAAACAUCGGCGACGAGUUGUUGGUGCGGUGGUACCAACUCGCCGCGUUUUAUCCUCUGUUUCGCAGGGAUGCCAGCGAAGACGCACCGUCCCGGGAAAUAUGGCAUUUGGCGCCUUAUGUGCGUGCUCGUAUUCGUGACGCCGUGCGGUUCCGCUACACCCUCUUGCCUUAUCUCUACACACUUUUCUGGAACUCCCAUCAACGUGGCGAUUUGAUCCUUCGACCGCUGCUCUUUGUGUAUCCGCAGGACCCGCUCGUCUAUGUGGAGCCGACGCUGCUGGGCCAACAGUUUUUUCUCGGCCCACAUCUCUUUGCGGCGCCGGUGUUAACUCCUCUGAGUUUGGGGAAUACAGCGCACACCCUGCAGAUGCCGCGCGAGGAGUUCUAUGAUUUCUGGUCGGGCGAGUUUGUGAGGGCAGGGACGACGUUGCAGCUUGCAAAGAAUAUUUCGUCCUCCCUCCAGUCUGAGGAGGCGGUCACGCCGCUUUUCCAACGGGUGGGAACAAUUCUGCCAACAUUUGCGCUUGCGAGUCAGGUGCGCAGCACACAUGAUGCGGCGAACUACACUCUGACAGUUACGCUUCCCCCUCUAGAACGGUUUCUCUCCGGAGGCGGCGGCGGCGGUACCACUCCACUCCUCCUUGCGCAGGGCGAGCUGUUUGCGGACGGGGGCAGUAGAUACAUCAACUGUCAUGCCCGCAAUGUCGCUCACCAUGUUUACUGCGCCCUUGCGUUGGAGUGUGUUCUCUCCCCCAGCGAGGGUGAGCUUGUGCUGCGAUGGAGCCCCAGUGCGAACUCGUCAUGCAGUGACGUGCGUCGCAUGCUUCAAAGCGCCACAACAGGGGUGGCGGGCGCAGACGCGUUCCUCUUGACGCGUUUGCGCCUAAUGUUUGCCACGCUCCCAGAAAGCGAGCGCGUGCUGCGAGUGGAGUCGCUGGUGGACGGCCGUCACAAGUCUUUUGCGGUGAAGCGGGGCACCCGCCCAUUAUUGGAGGUUUCGGACAUGGCACUGCCACUGCUGGUAGAGGAUCGCCAGAGCAGUGGUGACGGCAACCGAGUUCUCUCGCGACCAGUGACCGAGGUCCGCCUGAAGCUGAACACGGCCAACGUCUCACGUGGACCUGGUUUACCGACAUAA